AUGUAUGGCUGCUUGGGGUUUACAAAUUCGAGAUUUUAUGCAAAACCAUUGGCAGUUUUAAUCACUUCAAAGGGAAGAGAAAUCUUACAGGAUACUGUUGAUUUAGCAGAAAAAGAAUCAAUGGAGGUUAUUUAUGGUGACACGGAUUCAAUCAUGAUCAACACCAACACAUCAGAAAUGCAAAAGGCAUUAGAAGUUGGAAAAAAUUUGAAGGAAAAAGAUUUGGGAAGUGAUGCAGCGGCCUCAAAAGCUAAAUUAGUACAUGAAUUGUCACCAACAUUUAAACUCGAAUCACCAAUACAGACAUCACCAAUUUCAACCACCCAACCACAACGAAGACCAAUUGUAUUGUUAUGGGAAAAGCAUCCAGCACCUGAAGAACCUUUACCAUUUAACUUAACACCAUAUGCAAUGACAUUAAAUGAUUUACCCAGUUCAUUGAAAAUAUGGAUAGCACCUACAGAUUCAAGAUUGAGGCCUGAUCAAAGAUCAAUGGAGUUAGGUGAUUAUGAAUCUGCAAGUUUGGAAAAAAAUAGAUUAGAGGAGAAACAAAGAGAAAAAAGAAAAUUAAGAGAAGCUGGUUCUAUUCCAGAAUUUCAACCUAGGUGGUUUACUAAAGAAAUUGAAGAGGACACCGGUGAAAAAUAUUGGAAAUUCAAUCAUGAAUAUUGGAAAGAAAGAGAACGUGUCGGUAGAGAAAAGAUUCAAGGCAUUGGAGAUUCUAAAUGGAAUAUUGAUGAUGAUGAUAUUUUUUAG